GUAGAGCGGUAGUAAACAGUUGAAUCUGAGUGUUGCCGUUGUAGAACCUGUAGUUCACUUUGUAAUUAAAUAAUUAGUUUCAUUUCUUGUAAGUUAGCCUAGCUAGAAGGUAGUUAUUUUACAACAAACAAACAAACAAUAAGCAAACUUCGGCGAGCUAUCUAGAUGUUUCUUCUGCCCUGCGUUGUAGCUUUAGCUUCUGCUUCAGCUGCAAUCUGCUAAAACAGAGCCGUCAGCUAUGGAUAAAACACCUGAGAGGCUCCCAGUAGAGCAGCAGACGUCUGUUCCAAGUGGGUCCAGUGUGGGCAAGCCAAUGAGUGCUGCACUGAAGGCCAGGUUAAAAAGAGCACGACCUUCCUUUACUUCCCCCCUCAGUGUGGUUAAACGACUUAAAAUCGAUGAAGAUGAGUUACCACAGCCCUUAAAAGAAGAGACAGACCAAACUGGGCCACCAGAGAAGGAGGCUGAGAUUGACGUGAACAGAAAUGAGACCAUGAGAGACCUUAAAGACUGUCUGAGGAGUUUUGAGUCUGACCCCCUGCAGCUCUCUCGAAGUGAGUUACAUCAGCUUCGAGAGAAAUUAAAGAAAGAUGCCAAGAAGAAAUCUGAGACUCUUCGAAGGCUCAAGAUGGUUAAAAUGUACAGAACAAAGAAUGACCUGACACAGCUGCAAGACCUGAUAGAUAAAUGGAGGCACUGUGCUCAAGCAGUGCUGUAUGAACUACAAACUGAGUUACCUACAGAUGGCCGAAAAGCCAGUCUCUCUCAGCUCAUUGACCACUUUGGACUGGAGGAUGGUAUACUGCACUUUGAUAGGACAGAGGACAACUUCACAGACAGCUGAUAUACAGACAGUGUGUGUCUUAUUUUUAUUACAGUAGUUCACCAUCACUCUCCAGGUAUUUGUAUGUUGUUUUGUACGUGACAGUUCAAUGCCACCCUUGGGUUUGAGGUCACCACAAUAGUAGAGCUGGGCCUUAAUUUAACACUGAGGGAAGGGUGAUGUCAGGAGUUUGUUGUGACUGAACAUGUCCUUACCAACCCACGAUCGUGGCUUUUAACAUAUUUAAAUACCCGUGUGUUUUUCUAAGUACAUGUGGAAUGUAAUAGACAACGCAGUGUAACAUGUCAUUUAUUCAGUUUUUUUUUGCACUUUGCACAUGUUUCCAUUUCAUUCUGUUGCAUUUAUAAAUGCCUGUUAAAUCUGAUGGCUUUUGUUAAAAAAAUGUGUGACUGUGAAUAAAGAGCAUUUUUAUUUAAA